AUGAUCUUCACUCACAUCUUGAGAGACUGGACCUCGGAGGGAGCCGCCGUGAGAGCCGCCGUCUACUCCCCGCUCCUCAAAGCCCUGGACGACCGCUUCUCCCGGCAAGAAGGCGCUAGUAGUGCGGGUGGCCGUGGUGAUAGCUAUAGUAAUGGUGACGGGUUGAGUGACACGGACGGUGACCGCGGCGGCGGCGGCCGUUGCGGUGGCCAGGCGGAUCCACCACCGGCUACCACGCCGCCAGCUUGUGGGCGCACGGCAAAUGUUUUGGUGCCCGGUGCCGGCCUCGGACGCUUGGCAACAGAGAUCGCGGCGAGAGGGUACGCGAGCGUCCACGCGAACGAGCUGUCCACGACCAUGCUAUCCUCAUGCUACUGGUUGAUGGAGGCGCUACGACGCGCCGACUUCACGGGGACACCCACCCCUACAUCCCCGCUGCCGCGCGCCAGCAGAGAGCAGCACGACGCUUCGCUGUCGUCAUCGACGCCGUCGCCGCCACCGGCUGCGGUUUGUUGUGUGUCAGAUCGCGACGACGACGUUGUCGGCGAUUUCGGUCUUGGUGCCGACGAGGACGAGCCCGCGACAGAGAACGAUGCAGAAGAAGGACGGGAAGGAGGAGGAGGGAAGGGGUUCUUGGAGUUCUACCCGUUCCUGAACGACGCCACCCACAACGAAAUGGACGGCGAGGCUCGGUUUCGUUCUGUCCUGUUUCCGGACCCCGAGGGACGGGCCUUGCUUGCUCAAGCGUCCGGUAGGCUGAGCUUCCAGGCCGGAGAGUUCUCGGAAACUUACGGCGGGGUGGGGGGACCAUACGAAGGCGCCUUCGACGCCGUAGUUACGAGCUUCUUCGUCGACACCGCCCCCAAUGUGGUACAGGUGAGGGCGGCCGUGCCGCCCCGUGUGCAGAAGGAACGGGGGCGCUCGUUUUGGCGUGUACGCGCGUUGGGGCAGUAGAUUGCAGCAGCAACGUCGCAGUUCAGUGAGAGUCUGCGCUGGUCCAUCGAACACGCGUAACGCUGCCUCCUUUUGCAAAAGGUCCUCUCCUCCCCCCAAAACGAGGGAGAGCUUUUCGGCACACAGUUUUUUCUGUUUUCCUCGCCACAUGACCCACAGCAGUCCUACCCCCCCCGCCAAAUAAUGUUCUUCAUGCUGCCGUCGCCCGAUACAAAUAGUACGUCGCGACCAUCCGGCGAGCGUUAAGGCCUGGCGGAGUGUGGAUCAACUGCGGCCCGCUGCACUGGCACACCCACUCGGCUCUCGCCUUGAGCCUCGACGAGAUGCUGCUCAUGGUGGAGGGCUCGGGCUUCCGGAUGGAGGAGGUGAAGCACCUCCCCCCUUCGCCCUACAGGGUCGAGGACGGCGGGGGUUCUCUGAGGGUGGACGAGUUUAGGCCGGCGUUCUGGGUCGCGGUGUCGGAGGGUGGGCCAGCAUAGUUUUGUGGAAAUUUGCGGGGCAUCAAAACGG